GAUUACUUUGACUACAGUACGUGGUUCUGCACAUGAAAAAUAUUUCAUCGAGCUGCCACUCUCAGAGCUGACAUCCGCGAUUAUUCUCAAAACACCGGACUGUUUUCCAAAUGGAUCGCAGCUACGGAACCCCAAGAUCUGUAGAUGCUGUCGAUCCCUCUUCUUCGUACGAUGCUUGGCCGACUUUGCCAUCUACGCGGUCGAUAUCCGAAGGAAGCUCGAGGUCUCGUUGCUUCUGCUGUCGAUUGCGGCUGUCUUGGACAGCUGUUAGCGUGGUGGAGAUCGCUCUGAUGAUUGCCACAGUUGUAGCGUAUUAUUUCCUGCCCAAAAGUUUUCUUUUAAAAAUGUUACCGACUGGGAAAAGCGAUCUUGUUACCGAAGUGGCAGAAUGGAUGAUGCGGAUGGUCGGGAGUAUGGUUAGCGUUCAGAUUAUUCUUCUCAUUGGUGGGAUUGGCUGGGGAAAUGCAAUAACCAGGAAAAUCAUCUACUGGGGAAUGUUAACGGGAGACAUUCUGCUUGUCGCUAUCCAAGCAGCUUUCGUACACAGUAUGUCCAACUGGAACGCAAUCAACUUGUCCAUGGUUGUUACUGCAUCAGUAUUUGCCCUCUUCAGAAUUAUAACACUGAUAUUCAAUCCAAGAUGGUGGCUCUGGGCCCCUGAACCUAACUUCUAAAGAUUGGGUUUCAUUAAUGUAAUCACAGCUGGAGAUGGAUUCAUUAAGAGACAGGCAGAGGGAUGCAAUUAUCAUGAUUUUUACAGAUUAUGAUUUACACCUAAAUGUUUUUUUGAUUGUACUAAUGUUGGUGAUAUUCUUUCAUUUUUUUUUUUGCAAAGCUGUUUCAUGUUCAGUAUUGUAAGGACCUGUAAAGCAGAUCCUAAUAAGACAAAAAAUUUGAGUGUGAACAAGGAUUCACCUGAACCAGGUGCCCAGUAAGUGGUUUAAUAAGUGAUUGAAAACUACGUGUGAAUACCUUUUAAUUAAUUUAUGUCAGGUACAAACAAGUCAGAAUUUGACAGAAGCAUCUGGUGUGUAAUAUAGUGAAAAAAUUAUGGAAGUUGUAUUGGAUUGAAUUUUAGGUUGCAUUACUGAAACUGUCAUUUCUUAUCCUCCUGAAAGGUUGGUACAUCAUGUGGAUAUUCUUGCAGGCACAUUUUUCCUUGUGGGAUCUUCCCAUUUUGCAAGAAAUUUAGCUUGUUGCAGGCAUUCAGUUGCUAUAAUGGAGAUGAUGUGAAACAGCUAAAACCUCUCUCCCUUUUCAACCCAAGCCAAACCUUUCUGCCUUUUUUCUCUGCUGCUACAAUCGUGCUUUUAAUUUUACCAUCACACUCUGUUUUACCAACUGAGUGCCUUGAACAGCCUACCAGAAUUCUGUUUCCUGAGAAAAAUUCAACAUGUAUGUAGAGAGUUUGCACUGGCAUGUCCUCACACCACACCCUUUUUUGGGUGCCAACCCUCUGCUAAGGUUAUGAGAAAGGUUUGAAAUAAUGAACCAAUUAAAUCCAAGCAACUUUUUACCAUUUUUUGUUUUGAAAAAUUAGAUCUAGGUUGCUCAGAGUAAUCAUUCUUUUACAAAGGAGCAAGUAUUUUUUGAUGCUGUGAAUAAGUAUUUAUAAUUUGAUUUAAGUUGCACAC